UCUCCUCGUAUUCCUACUUGCACCAACACCAUCACAACACUGGAUUGAGCAGCACGACCUACACCAAGUACGAACAUGGCAUCUACCUCCUGCGUUCCCACUGCCACUCUCGAGGUGAAGCGGCAUCGCGCCUUUUUCAAGCGGCAUAUCCAGCUCCUCCCGCGUCCUUACACCAGCGGAGACUCGCAACGCAUGACACUCGCCUUCUUCUGUCUAUCUGGUCUGGACUUACUAGGCGGUAUCACAGAAAGUGGAGCAGGUGAAGCAGAAUCGUUCAGAGAGUGGAUAUGGAGCCAGCAGAUGCCUCAUGGCGGAUUCAGAGGCUCGCCAGCUGUGGAAGAGCCAUCUAAAAGUAACACAAAGACCUCGGCCCAUCUGGCAAUGACCUACACUGCCCUCCUCAAUCUCGCCAUCCUCCGCGACGACUUUUCAAGGCUCAAUACAGAGGGACUCAUCGACUUUGUUGCUUCUUGUCAGCAGCCAGAUGGCAGCUUCUCCCCCUCUCCGGGUCUCACCGAAUGCGACCCCCGCUUCACAUUCUGUGCCUUUUCCAUCCUCUCUAUGCUCUCUUCCCCCUCUUCCUCUUCCUCUUCCUCUUCCUCGUCAUGGUCACGCAUAGACGUCCCUCGUGCCCUCCACUUUCUAGCCCGAUGCAAAUCCUACGAUGGAGCGUACGGUCAAGGCCCGCAUCAAGAGUCGCAUGGAGGAUCGACGUACUGCGUCCUAGCCUCUUAUAAGCUGGCGGGAAGGUUGGAAGAGCUGGGGAAAAGGGAAAGGGGGAGAAUAGUGAGGUGGUUGCUGGCUAGGCAGAGCGAUUGGGAGGCUGAUCUUGGCGCUGUGGAGGAGGACGAGGACGAGGACGAAGAGGAAGAGGGAGAACAAGAGGAGCAGCAUAAGCAAGAAUUAGGCCUAUUUGGGGGAGGUUUCAAUGGUCGGAUAGGCAAGAAGAAGGAUGCAUGCUAUAGCUUCUGGUGCGGAGCCUCUCUCGCCAUCCUCUCCUCUCAUCACCUCAUCAACUCCCGCCACAAUCUCCACCACCUACUAGCACUACAGAGCCCCAUUGGUGGAAUCAGGAAGACGGCCGACGAUCCUCCCGACGCAAUGCACUCUUACUUGGGGCUGGCAGCAUGCGCGCUCCUGAAGGGGGAAGCGCUGGGACGACAAGAGGGUGUGGAGGAGGGAGAGGGGAACGGGGAGGAGCAUGAGAGGAUGGAAAAGAAAGACGAGAAGCAGGAGCAGGAGCAGGAGCACCAGCAGGUCUCCUAUGCUCUAGAGGGACUAGCGACAGCUGGACUAGACCCUUGUCUGAAUAUCAGUCUAGAGACGCGCGAUUGGAUCGUACAGAAGCUUGGUAGUGGACGUGAGGUGAGGUGAGGCAGGAGGAUGUGGAUGUGGAUGGGAAUGGGAGAGCGGAGAGGGGAGAGGGGUGAGGAGAGGUGUCCUCUCCCUCUUCGUCUUCGUCUUCGUCCUCGUCCUCGUCUUCAUCUUCGUCGGUGGGACGGUAAGGAUGGGAUGGGAUGAUCUACUCACCUAGAGGAGUCCAUAUCCUUGUCUAUAUCUCGCACAAGCAUCGUCAGCGUCUUUGCCAUUGUCAUCCUUGUUGUUUCAUUGCUUACAUUGUUUUCAAUUGUUUUCAUUGCUUCAUUAAGUGGUCAUAUGCGAAAAUUUGGACCCAGAGUUCACCUCCAGC